CUCUGCUCGGAUAUUCGAUUUUCCCGAAUAAGGGUUGGGGAUGGGGAAAGAUUCGACUGAGGCUUGGAAAAGUCCUUGUCAGAGAAAAGCUCGGGGUACCUGAAGGGCAAGGAGAUGGGCACGGGGGGUUGGGGGGUGGGGACCGUCCCCAAGACGCUCCCAUCUGUCUGGGAAGAUCAAAUGUGUGGCGCGGAAUCACUUGAUUACACGUAUGUUAUUUAGUUAAAUUUGUGAAAAUUAUGAGAUGCUCACAAAUCCGGUGAUAAACUCCCUGGCUCGCCAUUGGCUGAGCUGGUCACAUGGGCCACUAACUUUAUUCAGUUGACAGCAAGUAGGAGGGCCCUAUGGAAGGAGAAAAAAAGACAACACGAGAAAAAUUAGUAUUUUCUACCUUCAGAAAUUAAUGGCCAUGAGUUCGUAUAUGGUGAACUCUAAGUAUGUGGACCCCAAAUUUCCUCCUUGUGAGGAAUAUUUGCAGAAUAGCUACCUAGCGGAGCAGAGCUCAGACUAUUACAGUGGCUCGCAGGGCUCGGAUUUCCAGCAUCAGGGAGUCUACCCACGGUCAAACUACAGCGAGCAGCCCUUCAGCUGUACCAAUGCCCAGGGCUCUGCGGGGCCGCCGCGGGGUCAUGGACAGGAGCCAUCCGGACCGGCCAGCCACUACCCCGGGCCGGCGGAACACUGCCCACCGCCGCCUUCCCUGCCCAGCUCCCGGGCCUGCAGCCAACCGCCCGGCCUCAAGCAGCCUCCCAACGGGACAGCCCUCAAGCAGCCGGCCGUGGUCUACCCCUGGAUGAAGAAAGUGCAUGUCAACUCGGUGAAUCCCAAUUACACCGGAGGGGAACCCAAACGGUCCAGAACAGCCUACACCAGGCAGCAGGUUCUAGAACUGGAAAAGGAAUUCCACUUUAACAGGUAUCUGACGAGGCGUCGUCGGAUCGAAAUAGCCCACACCCUGUGUCUGUCUGAGCGCCAGAUCAAGAUCUGGUUUCAGAACCGAAGGAUGAAGUGGAAAAAAGACCACAAGCUGCCCAACACGAAGGGCAGAUCCUCCAAUUCUGCCUCGACCCAGCAUUUACAGACCGUGCCGAAGGACCAUCACACUGAUCUGACGACUUUGUAGAAGAGGUGAAAUUCUUCCCGUUUCAUCCUUGGCUUCUGAACUGUGGUGUGUAGAACUGACGUGAUCCAAACAGAACCUGCAUGUAGCAGCAAAAGGCUCCCGGCUGUCCUUGCUUGAAGGUACUGGGGUGUACAAAGGAGAGCCAGUGACGAUUCUUUGGACUGUCUUGGCAUUCCUGUUAACUAGCACAACCUAAAAAACAAAAACAAAAACAAAAAAAAAACAAAACAAAAAAAACUCUCCUAGCAGGGAGUGGAAAUUUGAAAUAUAUAUAUAAAUAGAGAGAAUAUAUUGAAGGAGCUACUGAGGCCAUAAAACCGUGACGAAUCACUAAACAAAAAUGAAAAUUUCAUCUUUUCGGUUGUGAACUUAAAAGGGAAGGUUUGACGCUUUAUUCUGGUAUCAGUUUGAUUGUCUUUCAAGCCCACGCGGUUUGGGGCUUAUGAAUUUGGGCAAGUUCAGGGCAGGAGACUGCCGGUGGGGGUUGAAUCUUUCCAUUGAAACUAUGAAGCCUGAUUUCAGGAUUUAUGAACUUCCCAGGUGGGUCUGUUGCCCCUUCCAAAGUGUGCUUCAAUGCCCUUGCUCAUUUUCAUAAAAUGCCCGAAGAGAUGCGUAGGAACGAAAUGAAAACGGGUUAUUUUAUUUUCAGAUUGUAUUUUACGUAUAUUUAUUUAUUUGUCGAUUAGGGAUACAGAACGAAAACAAAUUCACACAUUCAAGCCAAAAAAUACUGAGAGGGGGGAAAGCUGAGAUACAAGAUUUCUUGUGAUGGGAACCGUGAGAUGAGAUUUCUUCUCGCUCUACCAGACAUUUAGAACUUUUUUUCUGUAAAUAUGAAAACGCCCUUAACCCUUUUAGAGAAAGAAAUGUAUCAAUCCAAAGUCAAUUUCUUUAAGAUGUUUUAGACUGUAUACUUUAUUUAGCUGUAUACUUAGAAAUCAGUUCUAUGUGAUUUUUUUAAGGCAACAAACGAUGAAACACUUUUAUUACGGAAAAACAAAACAAAACUACCCUAACGCACGGUGGUAUUAUCGAAAGCGCUUUGCGUUCGAACUCGAUUCCAAAAGCACACUUCCCCAUGUAUAUCGGAUUUAAAAAAAUCGAAACGUUGUCUUACUAGAAAUCUGGAAAAUAUAUUGGAGCCCGAAGAAACGCUUUGGGUUUUUUUUUUUUUGAGGGGUGGGGAGGAGAAGCAUUAACGAACAGCAACAACUAAAAACUGGAAUCAGAUGCUUAG